GGGAACCAACAUAAUCUAGAUAUCUCAAAAACCAUACUAUCAAAACAAUGAAAUUAAAAAUAGUAUAAAAAAUAAUUAGGAUUAGAGAGAGAAUCAUUUUGACAGAGCUGAUAGCAGAGGCAAAGACAGAGACCAAGAGAUGGAGGAAUAUUACAAUGGAGAUUCAUUUGGGAAAGUGAAAGAGCGCUUCAAAGAUCGAUCCAAGAAAACGAAGGAGAGAACGAAGCAGAUGUUGUCCAAACAAGCCGUUAAGAUCGCUCAACGUGCCGAGGAACAUGAACCAUUUAUUAACAAGGUGACUCAUCUCUUGGGAGUUCUUGGCUUUGGAGCAUUUUGCUUUAUCUUGGGUGCAAGGCCACAAGAUAUUCGAUAUGCUUACUCUUUCUUCUAUCUUAUUUUUGUUCCUCUUCGAUGGAUCUACUACAGAUUCAAGAAAUGGCAUUACUAUCUUCUCGACUUUUGUUAUUAUGCAAACACAAUUUUCAUAAUCAUGCUUCUGGGUUUUCCUACUAAUGAGACGUUUUUCAUGGUUUGUUUCUCGUUUGCAGAGGGUCCGCUAGCCUGGGCAUUGAUCGUUUGGCGCUGUAGCUUAGUUUUUAGUUCAGUUGAUAAAACUGUCAGUGUCUUCAUACAUCUUUUACCUGGGUUGGUUUUCUUCACAAUAUGGUGGUGGGAUCCUGUGUUUUUUGGAGCUAUGCAUCCAGAAGGGACUCCAGAAAGAGCAUCAUGGCCUUAUGUAGAAAACCAAUCGUACCUUUGGAAAUGGUUGUUUUUUGUUCCAUUAGCUGCUUACUUUUUCUGGCAAGUUCUCUAUUAUCUCAUUGUAGAGGUCCUACGUCGACAGAGACUCUUGCGAGACCCUGAAGUUAUGACUUCUUACAGGGAGCUCUCCAAGAAAGCAAAGAAAGCGAACAACAUGUGGUGGCGUUUAAGUGGUUUGCUUGGUGAUCAGAAUCGGUUGCUUAUGUUUAUUCUCCUCCAGGCUAUAUUUACCGUGGCAACUACCGCACUCACCGUGCCCAUAUUUCUAUCAUAUAAGUUGCAUAUGGUGUACCAAAUACUUAAGGUCUCAGCAUCUGUAUGGAACGGUGGAGAUUUUCUAUUAGAAGUGAUGCCAAGACAGGUGAUUCUCAAGGAGAAGAAGAAAUCCGAGACUCGUGAUGUUACAGAACAGCAACAUGAGAAUCCAUUGCAGGAGAAUUCCAUGAAAACACCCCAGUAAUAUUAGAGUAGUAACAGUCUCUGAGUUGGAUGUUUCAUAAUUAGGCUCAAUGUUAGUUGUUAUUGUCUCUAUUGCAACUCUUUAUAAGUUAAUGGAUUUAGUGGAAGAAUAUAUGAGCCAACAUUUUUCAGAUUAGUCACCACAUCAGAAUGUGUAACCAUUUUUUUUCUACAUGAAAAAGGAGAAUAUAAAUUAGUA